AUGGGGCGCGUGAGGGUGCUGGCGGAGAUCGAGGCGCGCCGUGCCACCGCCCGCUACAGGCCAGACACCAUCACCUACAAUGCACUCAUCAGCGCCUACGAGAAGGCGAACCAGCUGGAGAGCGCGCUGCAGGUGCUGCAGCUGAUGUGCGGGCAGCAGGUCUGCCCCGACGUGACGACCUUCAGCGCCCUGAUCAGCGCCUGCAAGGCCUGCGGGCAGACGGAGAAGGCCCUGGAGCUCUUCCAGGUGAUGAUCGGGCAGCGGAUCAUGCCGGACGUCAUCACGUACGGCACCCUCAUCAGCGCCUUCGACCGCGCGAAGCAGCCGGACGUGGCCCUGCAGUUCCUGGAGCUCAUGCAGAGGCAGGAGCUCGUGCCCGACGUGGUCACCUACAACUCCGUGAUCAGCGGGCUGGAGAAGGGCAAGAGGCCCGAGAGGGCGCUGGAGCUCCUCACGGAGAUGGAAGCCCAGAGGACUAGCCCCGACAUCAUCACGUACAACUCCCUCAUAUCGGCCUGCGAGAAGGGGAGGCUGCUGGACAGGGCAGAGGAACUGUUCCAGCAGAUGCAGGAGCGUGGCCUGGAGCCUGACGUCAUCACUUUCAACGCCAUGAUCGCCGCCUGCGAGAAGUGCAAGCAGGCGGGCAAGGCGGUGGAGCUCCUCGAGAAAAUGCAGGUGAAGACGAUCGCGCCCGACGUCAUCACGUACAACUCGCUAAUCAGCGCCUGUCAGAAGAGCCGCCUGCCCGACAAGGCGCUGGAGAUGUUCGAGGUGAUGCAGGAGCAGGGCCUGCUCCCGGACGUGAUCACGUACAACGCCCUGAUCAGCGCCUGCAGCCAGGGGUGGCAGCUGGAGAGGGCGCUCCAGCUGCUCAACCUGCUGCAGGCGCAGGGCCUCGAGCCGGACGUCGUGACCUACAACAUGCUGAUCAGCCUGUGCUUCAAGCGGGGGAAGGUGCCGCUGGGCUACCACCUCUUCGAGGCCAUGAGCGCCAGCGGCCUGGUGCCCGACGACGUGACCUACAAGAUCAUGCAGCGCGGCACGCACCAGCAGCAGGACGGCGCCGACCAGUGGCCCGAGGCGCCCCAGUACCACGGGGGCGCCCCGCCCAUGUGA